UUUGGUUUAAGUCAAUUUAUGUUAUUCUGUAAAUUAUCAUCGAGAAUUAAUAGUUUAUGAUCAAAUUAUUAAUCCACGUGAAAAUACUUCAGAAUGAAGUACAAUUAAGAAUUAUUGAUUUACUUGCUAGUUAUUCAAAUUUUACUUCUCAUGAUCAUACCUCAACAAAUGAAUCACUACUUGCUUCUAAACCAUCUGAGUUAUUACGACGUGUACGAGCAUUAAUGAAUGCCCUGAUUGAUUUGGAAAAUCAUGUUUGUAUUGAUGUGAUUGGAGUGUUUUCUGUUGUUUUUACUCAACAUACACAACCAGUGGAUGCAUUUCGUGGACAAUUAACCAUGACAGCACAUUAUGCUGAAUGGUAUUUGGAAACUAUUUUAAAACAUGCUUAUAUGGAUCAUUUUAUUUAUUCACCAUUAUUGAAAAGUUUUGUCACUCUGGUAUCACCAGAUGUAGUGAAAUUUCGUGUGGAAGAUUAUGCUGAUUUAAAUGAAUUGAUUGCUUUAACAGAACUUAUUGGUCCAUUAGGCAUAAAAUUUAUUUGUGAUCGUUUAAUGCAUACGGUGGGUGAUCGUAUUGAUGAGAUCAAUAAAUUAGUUCGUCAAAAUCGUGGCACACUAGAAUGUUUACGUGAAUGUAUUCAUGAUCCAAUGAGAACUAGACAAUUGAAUGGAAAUUUACAACAUGGUGAUCAAUUAUUGAUUUUGUUAAAAGAAAUCGGGAUAGCACUUGCUUUUCGUAAAUUAUGCUUUGAAGCUGUACAUACUGUACUACAAAAACGUACACCAUUUCUAUUGGACACUGUACAUAAUCUACGUGAUUAUAUUAUCACUAAUAAAUCACAUAAUCAAGCACAAUCAAUCGAAAAUAAUCACAAUCAUCAUGAAAUGGAAUAUAUCUAUGCACAUUUUAAUGAACAAUUAAUUUUAAACAAUCUAUGUGCUUCUGUUGGAAUUACAUCUGAUUUAGAUUAUAAUUUAUGUUCAAUUAUUAAUAAUCGACGUAUUACAGCAUUGGCUACAGUGAAUCCAACUGGUCUGCCUCCUAUGAAUCAUCAUCAUCAUCAAAACACUUCUACUCCUACUUCUGCUACUAAUACUACUAUGAAUGGAAUUACUAGUAGUAUGUUAUCAUAUCAAGAAUUAGAAUAUCAUAUUGCUUGUUUAUUAAUUGUAUUUAUUGCUAGUGUUUUACCACGUUUAGCAUAUCAAGAAUCAAGUUUCUAUAGAAUUGAUUUAGAAGCCAAUGAAAAUAAUUGUCAUUGUAUAACAUAUGCUAUUAAUACAUUAAUGGUCUCCAUGUUUUCUUUACUUCGACCCGGUGAUUUAGAAGCUCGUUCCAAAGAAUUUCUCGCAUUGGCUUCCUCAAAUCUUUUACGUCUUGGUCUGGAAACAUCCUCUUCUCUGCUGUCAUCAGAAAUCUAUGCUAGCAAUAAUAAUAGUAAUAAUAACAGCAGCAGUAACAGUACUACUAGUCAACCAUCUUCCUUCACGAGUAGUAGUAGUAGUAGUCAUACAUCAUCAUCCUCAACAGCUAAACAUCGUGAUUCCAUUUAUAUUGUAUUUGAUAAUCUCAUUAAACAAUCUGCAUAUUUAUCUGCAAGUUUACAAGAAUCAUGUUUUCCUUAUUCAUUAAUACGUAAUGCUUAUCAUAGUAUUGCUAAGCUAACAACCAGCAGUACCAGUACUACUAAUGAAAUGGUUCAUAGUAGUAGUACACGUGCCAAUCUCAUGUCCACUUCAUCGACCGCCAACACUACCACUACAACAUCGACAACACUACAUAUGGAUGGAAAAUAUCGUGAUUAGAAUUGACUUAGAUGACUUGUCUACUCCAAUCUAGUCUAGUCUAAUCUAAUCCAGUGACUAUUGGUCAUUCAUUCAAAUUGAUUUAUCCGCCCGCCUUUGCUUUUUGUUUUUUUUGUUCAAUAGCCAACAAUUCAAUAGUUCAUGAUCUCUUUGUUUACGUGUGUGUGUGUGUGUGUGAGUGUGUUUACGUUGAACAAUGAACAAUCAACUGUAUACAUUCAUUGAUAACAAAAAAUUUCCCGCUUGUAUUGCUGCUGUUUUUUUUGUCUAUUUCUUUCUUACUUGUGGCAUUUUACUCAGUUUUUUUUUGUUUUAUAAUCAUGUUAAUUUGCGCUUUAAUUUGGUCAAACGAGAAAAAUAAUUCAUUGAAACAUGUGUAUAGCUCUGCCUCUCUGUAGUUCAAAUAGCUGAGACACAGCGUAAAUGCUUCAUUGGAAAUUGUUGAUGUAUGCUUUAAAUCGGAGCUAUUUACAGUUUAUUUUAUAUGCUUUUGGCUUCAUCGUUGUUUUCUUACUCAUAUUCUCCUCAAACUACUACUACUACUAGUGUGAUUGGUACAAAGACAUAAUCCAACGCCUAUCAUACAUGCACACACCCACAGACACACAUUAACUUUUUUCUGAUUCACGUUUUAUUUUCGUCAUUUUCGCCCGGUUCGUUUAUCUAUUUAGGCUGGGGUCACCAAACCCUCCUGUUUUAUCCAGGCUUAAAAGGACUGGCAGUGGCCAUAGAAGGGGGCUCCAGGCUCUACACACACAAAGAGAGAGAGACAGACACAUGUAGACACUUGGUUGAUCAUUCAAAAAAUACAGGAAAAUCGACAACUUUGAGAAUUUGUCUUUCAAACAACAACAAUAAUGGUUCUCUUCAUCACUUCAACUUUGCAUGAAUAAUAUAUAUAUAUAUAUAUAUAUAUAUAUAUAUAUAUAUAUAUAUAUAUAUAUAUAUAUAUAACUCAUGGAAUUCCGCAUUACCAUCAGCUUGAAACUGAUCAUGAACAGUGCACACAACGGAAUAUGGAUCAAAAAAUAAGCUCGAUCAUGAUUUGUUUGUUUCAUUCAAUUUUGGCUUUAAAUCAAUCAUUCAUAAUUAUGCUGGGGUUUUUUUUCAGUUUUUGAGCUAUCGAUGAACAAACAAAUCAACAUUUUUAUACAGAUGACAUCUAUCAUCUACUACUACUAUUACUAUCCAGGUCAUGUGAACAAUGCAUCAUUCUACAGUCCGGUUUGGUUUUUCUACAGGAAGAAUUCCAAUGACACCCGUUUUUUUUUACUUGUCCUCCUUGUAUAGAUAUUCUUGUGUGUGUGUGUGUGUGCGCUCACUACUCUUGUUUUUAUUUCAUAUUUUCAUUCUUCUUCCAAAUUUUUGUUUUAAUUUCAUUGAACAUUUUUUGGCGGCACUAUUGAUUUGGUUGGAGAAGGUCAUUUUUAUUGUGUACUAUUAUUAUUAUUAUUCUAGGGGAUUGAUUACAUUAUUGUUAAUGCUUGUUGUGUGUUAUCGAUUGAAUAAAACUUAUCAUUAUUAUAUAAAA